AUGAAUACUUCAAGCAGCGGAAAUGCUGCACAAGCAGAUAUUAGGCGAGCACUUGUCGAUGGCGUAUCUUCACGUGUUGUUUACGAAGGUAAUAUUUGCGAGACUUAUCCAUGUUGGAAUGAUGCUAUAUGUGUUCCUAUCAAUACAACUACUGCUACUUACAAAUGUAUUUGUCAGAAUGAAUAUACUGGCAGUUAUUGCCAAUAUAAAAUUUCAAAUUACUGCAAAGCUAUUAACUGUAGAAAUAAAACAGUAUGUACUGUACAGAAUGGUAUUGCAACUUGCAUUGCGGAUAAUUUAAUCGUGAAGCAAUUUGCCUUAAUAAUGGCCGGUGUAUACAAGAAGCACCAAAGCAAUAUCGUUGUGCAUGUGCUUAUGGUUUUCAAGGAAUCUACUGCCAUUGCAAUGGCUAUAAAUGCAUCAUUAAUAACAUCUGGAAUGACAUCAGAAUCCAUCUUUUUACUGGUCAGUCUGUUCAUCUUGCUACUUCUUUCGAUUUUUAUGAUUUACAUGGGUAGUAAUGGAGGUUGCUAUCUGAUUUUGCCUGGUGAAACCCGAUAUCUCAGGUGGGAAACUACUGAUAAUGAAGCAUCAUUACCUACUACUUCAACAGUUAAUCAUUCACUUUCAUCGCAUACAAUCAAAAUGAUUGAUGUAAGCAAUUCACCAACAAUAGAAACAGUAAUCGAUUUGGAUGAAGAAUCUAUUAGUAUUUAA